AUGCCUCGUCAGCCAAAGAAGAUGGCGACAGAGACCCCUGUCGAAGAAAAUAUGGAAGCGAAGGCAUCUUUUCAUAUUAUUGUCCUGGGACCAACUGGUGGACCAUGCGAGGACAGAGUCACCGGCAUCCUUGUGAGAUCGACGGCGACCGACUGGAGCCCGGGAUCAGUGGUCGCCGUUGAUGCCGGUACCAUGCUUGCCGGCAUCAUCCGGCUAUUGAAAAAGUCGCUCCCAGCCUCGCUGGAUGACAGAACAACUUCUCCGGGAGUCCUUAACAAUGGCCCCUUCAAGGGAUUAAGGACACCAGACAAAACCCCAGAAGCAAAUGCCGCGCAUUUCUUCCGUGAAAUUAUCGGCGCUCUACUAAUCACUCACCCUCAUCUGGACCAUAUAUCGGGCUUGGCCAUUAAUACUCCCAUCAUCGAAGCAGGCCAUGGACCGAAACCCAUUGCUGCCCUCCCCUCUGUACUCUCUGCAAUUAAGAACCACGUUUUCAAUGAUGUAAUCUGGCCUAAUCUCUCCGACGAAGAUGGUGGUGCUGGUCUUCUUACCUACAAUCGCCUCACUGAAGGCGGCAACCCUCGACUGGGUAUUGGAGAUGGUCGAGGUUAUGUGCGAGCCUGCCAAGGCAUAGUCACCAAGUGCCUGAGUGUCAGCCACGGUCAGUGCAAACAACGAUACCACCCCGAAACUGCUACACAUCGACGUGCCGCCAGCACAGUGUUCCACCAGGCGGAAGCAAGGUCAGCCCUCUCACGCGCGAGAUCUGUUGACAGGAGCGAAGCAGCGUUCUAUUCACCAGCUAACUCGCCUCAUCUUCAUCCCGGGGAGCCGGUAUCAGCAACGGUGGAAAGCUCUGCAUUCUUCCUCCGAGACCAUGACAGCGGCAAUGAGAUCAUUAUAUUUGGUGAUGUUGAACCGGACUCUGUCGCUUUCGAGCCUCGUAAUAGACGUGUCUGGGAAACUGCCGCCCCAAAGAUCGCAGCCGGCAAGCUUCGCGCGAUCUUCAUCGAAUGUUCAUAUGAUGACAGUGUCGAUGACGACUUUCUUUACGGGCAUAUGUGUCCACGCCACCUCACCGCAGAGUUGAGUGUUCUCGCCGACAAAGUAAUGGACCAUCGGGAGGCUGCCCCUUCGGAUAUAGCGAGUUCAACCGAACGCAAGCGCAAACGACUUUCCGGGGGGAGCCGUGGUGGAACAGACUCGCCGGCCAUGAGCCCACGUACCUACAAACGGAACCAAAGCGUAUCUGGCAUCCGAUCCCUCGCAUCUCGAGACCCGAGGUCGCACCCUGCGUCCAUUGAUUACGGCUUCGAUGGCGCUGACGAAUACAGUACCUUGGGCAUCUUCGCGGACUACGAGGCGCCCGAUCCGAACCGCUGGGCCGAUGUUGAUCCUUUGCCGUUGGCCGGGUUGGCUGUUUACAUUAUCCAUAUCAAAGAGACACUGACAGAUGGGCCUCCUCCUGGCGUGAAGAUUAUCGAAGAGCUACGUGAGCAUGGGCGAGAGGCGAACCUAGGCUGUCGGUUUUUGCUGCCCGAUCCGGAAGCUGCAAUCUGGGUUUAG